AUGAUACUUUGUCUUAUUUUAGGCGAGGAAGUUACAGAUAGAUUUAUAUUUAAUAUCUCCAUCGAAAUGUGGACUUCUAUGAAGAUUUCGCAUCUCCAGGAUGGUAUUAAAGAGAAGACAUCUUUGAGCGUUCCUGCACAUCAAAUAAAGUUAUGGAAAGUAGCUAUUUCUACCAAAGACAUGAAUGACGAAAAGAUGAAAAUACUUAUCAACAAGUCUCAUGAAUCUAUUAACGUUAAAGAGGAACUCAUGGGUGAACUAUUGGACGCAGAAGAUUCUAUUAGUAGUAAGAUUGAAAAUGUUCCUGCUGAUAAUCAUAUCCACAUCAUCGUAGAAUCACCCAAGCCUACCACUGAUAAGAAGUUGAUUCUAAAUUUAAUCAACAACUUACCAAACACAAAUGAUAAACUAUUCACAGUGCCGGCAUUGUCUGGAGAUGAUACAGAUACAGUUAUCUAUAAUCAAAUAGAGCUUCUCAAACAAAAAAAAUCAGUUUUGAUUGAUUAUGAAGGAUUCACAGCAUGGAUUGAACCUAAUGGUAGUCUACUUAAGAUAAAUGAUAAAGAUCGUAUAAUAUAUAGACAAGUUGCAGGACAAAAGGAUGUGUGGUGUAUCGUGAAUAGUAUAAUGUCCAAAUUUAAUCAUGAUUUGAUUGGAAAAUUUAUUAUGGUGACCUUACCUAAGAAGAAAAUCAUUGAGAGAUUUACCAAAGCACAAAAGAGCGAAAAGUUCUAUAUGCUGACUUGGAAUAUUAAUGAGCUUUAUGAAUGUCAAGAGAAUCUAUAUAAAGAAGUUGAUCAUAAUUUAAUUGAAAAAAGUUUGAAUUGUGGUGAACUCAUCUCAGGAGAUGAAUUCUCCUAUAAAUUGAUUCAUAUCAAAUCUGAUAAUGAAAGUGGAACAAGCAUUUCAUAUACAAAAGCCAAAUGUGUUUUUGCAUCUAAAUUUAAUAUAGCAGAGAUGUCAGUUCUUCGUGAAAAGAUGUUUGAAAUGUGUUCACAUGCAAAGAUCUGUAAAGGAGGGAUAUUUCAAGUACGUGAACUUCAGCAAUCUAAUGAAGAAACUGUGACAUUUGAAAAUUUAGUAAAAGAGAAAUUUACUAAUAUCAAGGAUGCUGACAUUAAAGAAAAAAUUUAUUAUCAGCCAGUUGCCAAAAAUUAUCAAAGUAUAGAUAGUUACAUUCAUCCUAAUUAA